AUCUGUCUCUCUCUCCACAUACUGUGAUCUUGCUAAGGGCUAGAUUUGCAUCUGUUCUGCAGGGUGAUUGAGACCCGCAGGUGCAAUAAGAUUACACAGAUCACUGGGAUUUGAUGGUAAAAUCAACACUCUAAGAGGGGAGUAUACAUCUUCAUCAAUCAGACUUGAUCUGGGUGGUCGUACUGGUUGUGUGUUUUUUCUCUCCUAAGGGCAGCACAAUGGCAGUCUUUCAGUAGGAUGAAUCCUGUCUUGGCUUUUGUUCUGCAGAUCCACCCAUCCUCAUAGCAAUCGAGUAACAGGCUAUGGUUUUCUCUUUGGGGAUCUUUUGUCUCUGCUUAGUUAUUGGCCUCAGCUGGGAUUUCUUCACCUUACUUUUCGUUUGGCUUCAUGCUGAAAAAGGAUUUCUUUUUACGCUUUUGGUAAUAAUCAUCCAAUGUUGAUCUAGGGGGACAACCUGGCUGCGAAAAGCAUCGAUUGAGAAGUCUCAAAGAAAUAAAGCACGUGAGGGAAAAAAAAAACUGGGAGAAGAUCGGAAUAUAAUUAUUUUUUCUAUGGUAAAACUGGUGCCCCUCUUCAGGAGAACUGAUCCCAGCUUAUUAUUAUGCAACCGCAAGGAUCUCUUCUUUCUCAGGGUGUAUAAGCUGCUGGAUUGCUUUUCGCCCAAAUCAAUGUGGUUUCUUUGGAACAUUUUCAGCAAAGGAUCGCAUAUGCUGCAGUGUCUUUGUGGCAAGAGUCUUAAGAAAAACAAGAAUUCAACUGAUCCCCAGCUCAAGGGUAUAGUGACCAGGUUAUAUUGCAGGCAAGGCUACUACUUGCAAAUGCACCCCGAUGGAACUCUCGAUGGAACCAAGGAUGACAGCAGUAAUUCUACUCUAUUCAACCUUAUACCAGUGGGACUACGAGUUGUCGCUAUCCAGGGUGUAAAGACAGGGUUGUAUAUAGCCCUAAAUGGAGAAGGUUUCCUCUACACAUCAGAACUUUUUACACCGGAGUGCAAGUUUAAGGAGUCCGUUUAUGAAAAUUAUUAUGUAAUCUACUCAUCGAUGCUCUACAGACAACAAGAGUCGGGUAGGGCCUGGUUCCUGGGGCUUAAUAAGGAAGGGCAGGUCAUGAAAGGAAACAGAGUGAAGAAAACAAAACCAGCAGCUCAUUUUCUACCCAAGCCAUUGGAAGUUGCCAUGUAUCGAGAACCAUCCUUGCAUGAUGUUGGAGAAACAGUGCCAAAGGCUGGGGUAACUCCAAGCAAAAGCACAAGUGCAUCUGCAAUAAUGAAUGGAGGCAAACCAGUUAACAAGAGUAAGACGACAUAGCCGGAUCCUCACAGGUGUUGUGACUUAUUAAGCCCUGAGUACAGUUGAGCAAUUUAUCCUUGCCGGACUCUGCUACUUCGGUGUCUGUGGAUCAGCUUGAGGCAAGUGAAUACUUGCACUUUGCUGUUUCUGAACUAAAUUGUUGCAAGUGGAUAAAUCUCAACAUGUAGCUCCUCCCACAACGAGAAGACACCUGGAUAACCAGCUAAACUCAGACCAUGGAAUGCCCUACCAGAUAUGGAAUGCCUUUUGAAUAUUUUUUCUGUGACUGUGACACUUCAUGUGAAUGACAUACUUCACAAGUACACUUGAUACCUUGCCUGCUGACAGUUACCCAUAAUCCUUUUUUGAGUCCAGUUUCAGCGAAAUCCAUGUGUUUAAGUUCUAUUUUGUAGCACACAGGUGAUAUCAAGUAAUUUCUAGUUAGAUGCUGUAAACCUGUGCUAUUAUGGAUUUCUCUUCCCUUUUUUUUACAAGGCUGCUUGCUCCACUGUCUGUGACCUUUUGCAGGGAUUGUGUUUCUCUACAAUUUAAAUGUUGCAGGUGGCUUAGUUCUGAAAGCAAUCAGGGAAUCAGGAAGCCUUCAAAAACCUAUUAUUAUGAAUUAUAUCUAUGAAGACUAGGAUCAUUGUCUCUGACUUAGAAUAUUGGUAAAUGUGAAUACACUUUAGUAACAGAUACCAUGCUCCUGAGGUUGGCAUUAUUGUGGUGGGAAAAGUGUCAAACACGACCAGUAGAAAGUUUUUUGAAACUAGUGUUUGACAUCCCUCUAUAGUUUCUUUUUGUGUGUGUGUUUUAUACGUAUCACAGGCUUACUGGUAAUGGUAACAUUUGCCUUGCCCAGCGAGCAAGACCCACUCAUUUUUGGGAAAGUGGGUCCAAAGAACUAUGUAGGCCUUGUAGGCCUGAAUUAAGGCUCAUUUUUCACCUACUAAUCCUCAUUAUUUGAAAAAUAAUAAUUAAGACUAACAAGAAUUGCGCUACCUAAAUCCAGUUCAGAUCUAAUCCUUUCCUGUUUUUAAUUAACUGAAUUUAAUGCCAUCAUUAUUUUGGCUGUUUUCCACUCUUACUCAGCAAAGCAUGGGCAAGGAUGAUGUGUUCUUUUUAGCAGCACCAAUGCAAAGGGUAGUUAUAAGUUAUACUUUAAUAUUUUGGGUAUUAAUUUUUUUUUAAACUGGGUCUAUUAGAAAACAUUUAAUUUUUUUUUUAGCUCAGCAUGCAGAGUCCAGUCCUAUGUAUUUCACCCCAUAACCCAGUACAUACCUCUAACCCACCUUUUUAGGAUAUUCCCACCAAACUGCUAGAUAAUCGGUGCCUUGCCUUGCUUUCUGUAUGCUAUACAUUCUACUACAUGAAACUAGAGGAAAGCAAACCCAUUAUGAGAUUGAGUCCUUGAAUCAUGUUCAAUUGCUUCAUGAGAAAUACUGGUGACGCUUCACUGGUGUCAGUUAACUGUCAUGAAACCAAUUGAACAACAAAAUAAAAUGGGUAAUAAGCUUUAGACAAUACAACAAAGAUGCCAUUAUAGUGUUAAAUACUGUAGGUAAAGAGUCAAAUAUUUAGGCGCAUACUUUCAAAAGACUGAAAUAAGGCUAUUCUGUGUGUGCUUAAUAGGCAUUUGCUUCUCAGAAAGGGCGACAAGGACCAAACUGUACCUGAGUUUUGGCAAACUAUGUGUGACAACACUCUAUUGGCCUCUUGCUGUUAUCAUCAUGUUUAAGGGGGACAAACUUCAUCCUUCCCUUUUGAGCAAUUGUAGUUACUGAAAAAAAUAAUUUUCUCAUGGCAUUAUGCAGAGCUCUGUGACAGGCCACCAGUUGUUUCAAAUUCCUGGCCUGUUUAGCUGCAUACUGAUUAACUCUUCAUGCUUAUACAGUUUUCAUAUGGGAAUUCCGUUUUAAUAAGUAACACAACAUAUUGGUCAAAUAGGUUAUUGUAAUGCUGCUAUGAGUCUUUUGACAGUUUAGGGUUCCUUGUUUAUAUACCGUGUAAAACAGACAAAGUUUGGGUCUCCUUAAAGAGCCGAGUGAAGCAUAUCAAGUGAAGUUUGUUUUGUAAGUAUUUAAGCAUUUAAACAAAGACAAAGCUACUUCAAUGCUGUGACAAAAUGUGCAUAAAGUAACUUUUGGCCCAGAUCAUCCCCUCACCCGGUGACUUUAAAGGAGAAAAUCUCCAUGAGAUACCCCUUGUGGUGAGCUUCCGAUCUCAUCCUACUAGGACGGAUGGGACUUGUGUGCCUCCCGCCCCCCUAACAAAAAAAGCUAUGAAGCCUCCCCCUGGUGGAUCAAUAGGAGGCCAGUACUACCAACGUAGAGCUCUGCCCUGCCUCUCUGGUAGUGUCCUGGCAUUGGAGCCUUGCUGACCUCCCCGCCCCCCUCACUUCUGCUGUAGCGCCUCUUGGGAUCGGGAAGGGAGUUGUGCAGAGAAGCUGCAUUAUCUUUUGUGUCUAAUGUUCACAGGGAGCCUAUGUGCAUUCUUGCCCUGUCCCACUCAGUCUCCAGCCUGCCCAACUUGGACCCUGGCCUGCACAGAGGUGGCUCUGGAGGGUCCGGAGGGUGAGACAGUGCCAUAGAACUGCCUGAGGUAUGCACGGAGGAUGUAGAGAGCACACGCUGGUCCUUUGAAUUUCAGUUCUCUGGGACUGGUGUCCCAAGGCCAUAUACAUUACCAUUUUCAACAUUAAACCCUACAUCUCAGGCAGCUAUUUCUCUGCCAACCAGUUGACUAGUUACAAUUAAGGCUGAAUUUAUUUUUGUAAAUGACUAGUAUGUACUGUAAAUGUAUCACCAGUUUUAUUUUUGUUUACAUGGGUUGUCUGUAAGGGUGUUUAAUCCUGUGAAUGGAUGUCUUACAACAAUUUAUUCUAAAGUCUGUUUAAACGUAGAGCACAGGGGUCUUUGUUAUUUGUGUUUUGGUUAUGCCUUUAAUUUUGUCUCUUGUCUCAUCUGUUGCAUGGGAAGAGGAUGGCAAUGAUGAACUGCAUGUAGUAGGCUAUGCGUAUCAAGAACUGUUGGUAUGUAUUACUAAAUUUACAUACAUAUAUGCAAAGAGUUUGUUUGCAUUGUACAGUUUGUGUUUAUUAUCAUUUGUUGUAUACACAGAGGCAACAUAUUGAAUAAAAUAUUUAUAUGAAGGCAUAUUGAAAAACAAAACAACUUUAUCUAACAAGCAGAAUGUGCAAAAUAACAUUGCACUGGCCACAAUGUAGUGAAACUACGUAGAUAGGUUGGCAAACUCAAUUCUCCCCCUUUACCAUGCCAAAGAAAAUUUUAGCUCCUUGAUAUAUUACCUCUCCUGCUGUUUUCCAGGAUAAGACUUCACCAUUUUGUUCCCUCUAAAAUUAAUGUUGCUGUUAAGUGAAAACUAUUUUCAACUGUCUGUUACUACUAAAGUACUGUAUAGUAAACCUGAUGAAUUAAUUUAUAUUUACAGAUUUUGUGUUUUGUAUUUCCAUGUACAGCAAUGUAUGCAACUCUACAGUAUGCCAGACCUUUUGCAUGCUGUGUUUUGUAUUGCUCCUUCCUUUCUUUUUAUUUAAUCCCAGAGAGCCUGGUUUGCACAGUGGUCCAAAAAAGAAAUGCCAAUCUCUUCACUAUCUCACUAAUGCACAGGUAUAUUAAUAAUGCAGAUGGGCAUUAUCUUUUCAUUUUCCCUCUGAAACAAGAAGUUCAUUUUUAUUUCAGCAACAAUUUUGGCAAAAUACCAGUCAUGCAUACACAUACACAAAAUCCAGUUCUUAGGUAGAUAUGUACAAAUUGAACAAAGCACUAUUAAAAAGUGUUUUCUAGAUUCACAUGAACCCUUACCAGCUUGGCCAUGUUUAGAAAAACUAUAGUAGCUUCUAAAGAAAGAUCACAAGUGCUUUGUAGCUCACUUAACACGUGUUUUGCUUCUUCUCCUAUUCUUUAAGCAAUGCUCAAAUCAACAUGUUUAUGUAUUGUCAUUUUUUCAUCCAUAUGAUUUGUAUAACAAAAAUAACCCACAAAAGAAUAAAAGGACCUUCUUUCACAAUGUAUUUACCUGAAAGAAUCUUGUAAAGCUCAUAACUGUUUACACACAGAGGGACAAAAUCUCUGCUGCUGUAAUGUUAUAGCGGUCAAUCAAGUAGACAAAGAGUUUGGCCCAUGCAUUAAAGGUGUGUCUUGUUGAUCCAUCUGUUCUAUGGUACAAAGUAGAAAUAUUCAACUCCAUUCAGGUUAGAAAAAGUAGGAAAAUUAGACAUAGUAAAGCUAUUAUAGUGUUGCUAAAUGCCCCUUUGGAUAAAUUUGUGAUCUGUGCAAUACAUUUCAAGACUUUUUCAGGAUGUCUAAUGCAAAUGCUAUGAUUUUUUUUUUUAAAUAUAAUAAAAUCUUUGUUCUAGAGCCUAGUCAUAGAACUAUUCAACUUCACUUUAUUCAUCCCCAGACUAUAGUAUGAAAUAUAAUUUAGAUGUAAAGUGAGUCACCAUUCCAGGAAGGAGGAGGGCAGUGCAUCAAAAGCACCAAGCCAGAUACAUGAUUAAAUCUCCAGCUAUAUGCCUCUGAAAGACAGCUUGACCCUUUACCCUCCCAGUAAUCCUUUCCCUUUGCUAAAUCAUGGAUACAAGCAAGACAGUGAACAGCAAGUUGAUGUCUGAAACCCGAGAAGAUGUUAUAUAGUGUGGCCACAAUCCUGCAAAGUGCUGAGAGUGCUCAGAAGUAGUACUUAGCACUUUUCAGAUGGUGCCCUUUUUAUCACAAGAAUGGAGAACUGUAGAUGUAGCCAGUAUCAAACUGCCCCCUUAUCUAACCAGCUUUCUUGUUCUGGAAUUACUGUUUGCCCAAGACCUGGAAGCAGUGACAUAAUUAGUAUAUGUGAAUUAGAUGGGAAAUAUUUUUCACUCCCUCACACCUCUUUUUACUUUUACAAUUUAGGCAGACAGUAUUUUCACAUACAUGGAACAAUAAUAUUUAUCUUCCAGUCUUAUUUUUAUAGCAAGGGAAUAAGCUGCAUAGAAGAUGUACUGAGACUCAUAUCACUGGUUUCCUCAGUAUGGGAAAAAAAGAUGUUCAAGCCACACACACGCAAAAAAGAAUAAAAAAUGGAAAAGAAAAUAGAUAUCCAUUACAUUUUGAGCAGUCUUGGUAAACACUAUAUGGCUUAUAGCCCAGUUUUGCUUUGAUCAUUUGUAUUUUACUUAAUCCCAGGCCCUAGCUUUGUCAGAGAAUUUUAAAACAUUUUUUUUAAAGUCUAUAUUAAUCCACCUCAGUAGCUUUGAAAAUUAAAAAACAAACCUGUUGUGGAAAUGUUUAAAAGUUUGUCUUACUAGAAAUUAGAAUCACUUCUAUGAUUUUAGUUUACAAACUUAAAAGGAAAACAAACAAAAUCACAAAGUAAAAUAAAAUAUAUCAAAUAUUACAUGACACGCAGAUACCCAGCAAUUUAUGACCUUACAGAGAAUAAUUUUCCAGUCUAGGAAUGUGGCUGCCUGAAAUAUCAUAGGUAAGAUACAGUAUUUAUAUCUUUGUUUGCUAGUUUGUUUAAAUGAUCCCAAGUAUCUAUUCAAUCUAAACAACAUUGAUUUUCUAUUUUGUUAGCUGUACAAAGUACUGUACAUAAAUGCGAGACAUAAUGAAGCUUGAUUUCCUUUUUUCUUUCAUUGACUCAGAAGUACCCACACCUGUAAGACAUUUAUUACUAUAAGAGACUUCAGGUCUGUGUUAAUUUAUAUAUAAAUAAAACCAACAAGCUUGUGUUCACCAGUCAAAGACUAGCGUUGGCAAAUGUUAAAAUGACACAUUGAAAUACCUAAUCUCUGUACAAUUUUAACGGUUACAACCAUAAAAUAUAAGAUGUGAUUUCAAAACUUGUUUUACUUCAAAGUUUGUUUAUGCUGCAUCAAUACAUUUUAGAACUCUUCCUGAUAUUUUGGUUAUCUAAAGAGAGGCAGUAGCAGCUUUUGGGUAUAGUUGUCUCUGUGAAUGUGCAGAACUCCCAUUAAUAAGUUAUGCACAGACAUUUAGAGGUGACUGGAUUAUGUCUCCCUGAGAACAUGGGCUUUGAAAAGCUAUAUAUUUAUGUUUAAAGCUACACAUUUAAAGAAAAUGCGGUAAAAGCAAGCUAAAUGGGGGGAGAAAUGAUUGUUCAAAACCUUUCAAUAAGCGCACUUAAAGUUUUCACACUAUAACUGUUACAUGUUCUUUACUGUUGUAUUUUCCAACUUAAAUAAUCAAUGUCCUUUCUAUAAGAAAACAAAUUUCUAGUGUAAUAAUGGAAAUACCUUUUUUCAAUUAAUACACAGGUUCCUUAUUUCUUAGUCUUGUAUCAAACUAAAAGCCUGAAACUUGACACCUAAAUCACAAUGUAACAAUAUCAAAAUUUGAUAUUUUUUGUGAUUUAAUCAAAUUUCACAAUAUGUAAUCACUUUUGAAAAGAAAAUGUACAUAUUUUUUUGCUCUGAAGAAUUAAAGGGCUGCCAAACCUACAAGUUGGGGGGAAAAGAUUCAAAUGUAAAUAACUUAGGGAAGUCCCAAUAUAGUUGUGCAUUUUUCAUAAUUCAAUGUGAAUUUCACACUGAGCAGCAUUUCACCAUUGAUAAGAAAUAAAAAUUUUGUUCAUACCA